AUGACGGUCCUUCGCAGCCACCAGACGCUGCUACUGCUCUGCUUGCUCGUGGCUCAGCUCGGCCGCCACGUUGCAGCCGAGCGCAUGCACGACGUGUCGUUCAAGCCGCCGUUUGAGCUCAUGGACGACGACAAGCGGCGCAUUGUCAACACCACGUGGUCGCAGGGCGGCAAUACGGACGUGAAGAAGCACUUUGUUCGUCUCACGACCGACCGUCAGAGCAAACGCGGCCACUUGUGGCAAAACGCGCCCGUGGGUCGGGACGAGUUGUCGGCCAUCCUGACGUUCCGCAUCUCGGGGCAAGGCAAGCGCUGGUUUGGCGACGGUAUUGGGCUCUGGAUGACCGACCAAGCGGUGUUCGCGCCCGGGGUGAACCACGGGUUUACCGACAAGUAUACCGGUAUUGGCAUCGUGAUUGACACGUUUGUCAACUCGGAGCACACGGGCGGCCACAAGGACAUUAGUGUCUUUGUGAACGAUGGCACGAAGAGCUACGACCAAAUGUACGACGAGACGCGCGUCGGGUGCAAUGCUGACGUGCGUUACCACGAACAGAGCGCGAACUUUAACCCGGCGCACAGCAUUUCGCGGGUCAAGGUACGGAUCGACAAGACCCGGUUGAUUGUCGAGGUCGAUGAGCACUCUUCGGGUGUAUGGGUAGCGUGUCACGAGAUGACGCUGUCGUCACUCCGAGCGGACUGGCUGAAAACAUCGACGAUCGGCAUCACGGCGUCUACGGGCGCACUAGCUGACAAUCACGAUGUCAUUCGCUUUGACGCGUACUCGGAUUUCCAGGACGCGACGAUUGGAGAAGUGGACUCGGAGGCGGUCAUGAACUCGAUGUCGAAGGAAUACAAGAACUGGAUCGACUCGCCCCACUGUGACACGGACUGUCUCAUUUCGAUUCUGCGGAAGGAGAUGUCGAACUUUCGCAUUGACGCGGAGCACCGGUUCUCGGAUCUGAAAGAGAAGACGGAGAACACAGUCGCGAAGCUCAAGAAGCAAGAGAGCGAGAACGAACGCCGUGUGCGCGAGAUCGAGGUCAGGGUACGCAAUGGCAUUGACAAGUCGCUGGAUUUCACGAAGCGAGUACUUGGGGACGAGGUGCAGAACAAGAUUGCGAAACAGUUGGAAGAGAACCCGGACAUUGCCAGUGGCGGCUGGAAAACGCCCUUCGCGCUGCUGUUCAUCGGCUUGGCAGCUGGGGCUGCGUACCUGUACCGCAAGUACCAGUCCCUCAUGAAGUCCCACUUGCUGUAG